AUUUAACCACACCCCCGUUAUUAUGGCCUCAGGACGAGAAUUAUGCUAUGUACUAUUAACUGGAGUUUGUCUUUGUUACGUAAUGACAUUCAUUAUAUUAGCUCGUCCAACUGUUAUUCGCUGUGCAUUGUUGCGAGUUGGUCUGGGCUUGUGCCUAAGUCUUUGCUACAGUGCUAUUUUCGUAAAAACCAACCGAAUCUCAAGAAUAUUCAAUUGUGGUGUCAAAGCGGUGUCAAGGCCCAUUUAUACAUCACCAAUAUCACAAAUAGCAAUUUGUCUGUGUAUUGUAAGUGUUCAGUUGGUGGGAACGGCUGGUUGGUUAAUGUAUGAGGUUCCUGACGUCAAGGAAAUUCAUCCGCAGCCUUUAACCGCUGUGCUCACGUGCAAGGUGUCAACGUUUUCAUUGAUUAUGUCACUUGUUUAUAAUAUGGUUCUGAUUUUGCUGUGUACACUGUAUGCAUUCAAAACAAGAAAAAUUCCGGAAAACUUCAAUGAAGCUAAAUAUAUUGGCUUUACAAUGUAUUCGACAUGUAUAGUGUGGUUGGCAUUUUUGCCCAUUUAUUUCGGAACGAAUAACGAUUACAAGAUUCAAGUCUCCAGCAUAUGUAUGUGCUUAAGUAUAAGUGCAACGGUAUCGUUGACGUGCUUGUUCUUACCGAAGGUGUACUUGGUUCUGUUCCAGCCGUAUAAAAAUGUUCGAAAUGCUACCGGUGGCCUAAGUGUUAAUCGGUUAGCAGCUACGGACCCAAACCGCCCACCACAUAAUAUGCGAUUCUCAGGAACUCGUAGCCAAACUUUUCACUCAAUGACAUCAUCAGCCAUUACAAAAUCUGGAUCAAGUUCACGACUUAGUCACAGAGUUGUAAACAAUACAGUUGGUGAUGACGCCGUCGAUAUUUCUGUUCAAACCGACCUGGAAAACCAGCCUCAAUUAAUAAAAACAGAGCCGCAAGGUAAUACCCAAUCAACUCAAUUGACAAUAUCUGCUGUGAUUGAUUCUGCAGAAGAAAUGCCGUGCUGUAGUCGUAUGUUAAAUGAAACCAAUCAUCAACCAUAUGUAGAAACAAAUGGCCAUGAAUUCAUUAAAACCACCGAUAAUAACGCUCAUAAUACCGAAACCUUGGAAAGUAUUAGCCGUGUAAGUAGUAGUAGUAGCGUACACAACCAAAACAGAAAAUCGUCGAUAAAUCUAGAAUCUGGAAUCAUUGGAAAAAUUGACUAUAAGGAAUUGACUUCAAGAAAAACAAAUUAAAGCACAUUAUGUGAACGAAAAAUACUUACCAUAUUUCUUAGAUCUCGAAAAAAUAAGAUUUCUAUUAAUCGCAAAGAUUAAUUACUACAAUUAAGCAUUGUAGAUGAAGUGCUUUGUAAUUUGAAAAUGAGUUGGCGAAAAAGUGAGUCUUCUGUCAAACUCAAAUGUGCAUUUUAAUUCGAGUAAAAGGGGCAACUGUAUAGAACUUAUAACUUAACUUCACCAACACCGUUUUCUACGUGAAAAUAAAAAGAAACGAAAUGGAAUAAAAACAUUAAGUUUCAAAAAAUCAUACUAGAACACAUCAAAGCAAUUGCUGGAGGUAUUGAAUAAAAAAGACGUCUAUUUGCAAACAUAUCAGAGAAAAGUAAUUCCAUCUUACCACAACCACCACCACCCUAAUUUGGCAGUACCAUAAUUUGUUGUCAUCACGACAAAGAAAAAAGACGAAGAGCCUUUAUA